GGAACUUGAUCUUGACCAACAGGAUUGGAAUCGUGGGAAUAAGAAGACUUUUGACUGACUCCAUACUCUGAGCUCUACCAUUAAAGUUUCCCAAGUUGGAAUUCUCAGCUUCAACGUUUUGCUAUAAUUUUUUUAUUAUUAUUAUUUAUUUAUUGCUCUCCCCCCAUUUUUGGAGGGCUGAAAGUCGGUGAGGUAGCCCCCCUCCAACUCCUGCAGAGAGAGGGUAUACAAAGUUGAAGCUUAUCCGGAGAUGCGGUCCUUCCUCCCGCUUGUCGUGUGUUGCAUCAGCCUGCUCUCCCUCCAGCAGCUGUCGGCUUCACCGGCCGGGGAGCGUCCUGACGGAAACAGACUGAAUCAUCAAAAAGAACCAAUCGACCAGGAAAAGGAGCUCUCCACUCCCUCAGAAGGCCAGUCCAACACUGUCCCAGCAUCUCCAGCAGCAAGCAAACUCCAUAAAUGGAUGUUAAGCCUCAUGAGGCACCCACCGACGUCCGGUUUGAGGACGGCAUCUCCUGGCCUGACAUGGACACAGGCUGAUGAGGCUUUUCAGAUCAAGAGAAGGGCUAAGAGAUCUCGUGGCCAUGGACACUCAAAAGGGGGCAGAAACCACCACCAGCAUCCCCAGUUUAAGAGAGUGGGGUGUGUCCUGGGAACCUGCCAAGUACAAAACCUCAGCCACCGUCUGUAUCAGCUCAUCGGUCAGAACGGCAGGGAAGAAUCAUCCCCCAUUAACCCUAGGAGCCCUCAUAGUUAUGGAUGAGCUAGGUAGCCCCAUAGAAGGUCUGUCAGUGUUUGUCUUUUAAUUGUCUUAGUUCUAGUUUUUGCAUUUAGGAUUAAUCUAGUGCACAGUCAGCUUUGACUUGUUUUAGAAGUUUCCUGAUUUUACUGUUUGUACUUGAUUGAUUAAUUUUAAAGUUAAAUUUUAAGAUCAGAACGGACCAAAUCAACUCCAAGGUUCGACCAUCUCCGUCAAAGGAAAAUGGACAUUAAACAUUAUGGAUUUGUCAGCUUGAAUACUAAAAGGAAGCCAAAAGCUGACAUUGGGACAUUUUAAUCUGGAUAAAGUAAGAAUUGAGCUGUGUCUUCAGUGCCAUUCAGUGGAGUACUUGUUGCCAACUGAAUUUCAUAGCUUUGGCUCCUUUGCUCUUCACUGAUCACACACUUAAGGCCCUAAUUGUGGAUUAGAAGCUGCACCAUGAACUGGAGACUGUCAAAAUCAAUUUGUUCCUGAAUACCUUUUCAACAGUCAAGUGAACCCUUUUACCUCUCCAUCAGCUUUGAAGUUCAUACACUGUGUCUAACAUGAACUCAGAUCACCACAACAGACCUUGAGUUUGUAGCUGAACUUAAUCUGAGAUCAUCCACAGCCAAGACUUACAGCAAACAUUGUGAUUUAAGACCCCAUGAAAAGGAAAAUAAGAGUCAGCAUGCAGGGAUUAGUUACUGAGUCAAGAAAAGUUCUGUUUCAAUUUUGUGCUUCACACAGUUUAAAAUAAAAGUGAACACUAUAGUCUGAUUAGAAUUUAAUUGUUUGAGUGAAAACAAUGAAAUGCUAGAAAUAACUUUAAAAAGUAUUUUAGCAGUUAGAUCAAAUCAGAAAAAUAACUUUUUAAAAAUGUAUCAACAAGCUUCUUUGUUUAGUGGACUAGCAGAUGAAGUUAGGCUUCAUAGUUUCAACAACUUAAAAAGUUAAACUCCUGAGUCUCUUAUGUCAUCCAAGUCGAGUCUACAGCAAAGAUGCGAAA